CAUUGAAUGCGCAUUGAAAGUAGCACUCAUGAUCAUUGGCAUUCGUGUCUUGUGAGAUCAUCCCGAUGACAGUCGAGCGCGAGGCUUUGUGUGAGCCACUGAGAACAGAACGCCACGACAUCCGAGAGGCUUGAGCCAUACAUGGCCAACAGAUAGGGAUACGAUUGUAAUUAAUUAUUCUUUUUUCUUCCUAUGUAUACAUUCAUAAUAAAUCGAUCUGUUAUUCAAUUUGAUCGACAUUGUAGUGCUAGUGGUGCAGCAGCAGCGGCGGCUGCAGAAGUGUGUUGUGAAUUGAUCUCGUGUUGUUCAACAAAGAAAGAUCCCAAAUGAAAUAUCGGCAAGGAGCUCUUAGAUGGUAGUUGUGCGCUGAGUUAGUAGCAACUUGCUACUGAAUAUUUUUUUCAAAUUAUUCUUAAGUAGUCCCAUGUAGGUUUAUUUUCAUUUGUAUUGUGUUUCGGUAUUAGUAUCCUCGUACAAUCCUUCGAUUCAUUUUUGUUAUUGAAUACCAGCAGUACCAUCAUGUCAUCCUCCAAACCACUCGAAGUCUACUGGAUAACUUAUCACUCUUUCACAUGUGCUAGAUUUGAUUUCAUCUAGUUAAUAGGCCGCAAACCAACGUGGUGAACAUUUUUUCUGAUCAAUUCUCUCCCCGAUUUUUAUGUUAAAGUUACACCGCUGUCAAUUAUACACAUGACCUAAGUAAGUGGAAGCAUAAUUAGGUUUAGGCCCGUGGAGUCGUAUGCGAGAUUGCGCCGAGACGGCCCUAUUGGCGUUUGGAAUAAUGUCGGGUAGCUGCUUCUGUAUUUAUCGAAGUCUAUCAGACCGUCUUCGCGAGGACUUCGAGAUGGUGGAGACAGUUUUAGUGGAGUCGUAUGGAACCCUCACCACGGUGCCUCGAGUGUUCUUGUAUCUUCCGGAAAGCGUGCUUCAAAAUCGCACCAUUGUACAUCGGAUAAUCGCACAGAGUCCUGAGUAUGCAUGGCACGUGCUGUAUCCUGCUAUGAAACUUCACACAUGUAAAAUUAGAGUUAAAUUCAUCAUAGAGUCGGUAUGAUCUGGAACUUUGCUGAAGGUUGGCCUAUUUGAGUAUGGACUCGCAUCGCUCCUUCAGAGCUGUACUAUCCUUACCAGGGCUGAUACGGUUCUUUUUCGAUUCGUGUGUUCAGAAUUUCGCUGUCUAGUUCAAGGUCCUGGCCUAGUCCACCAAAGCCCUGGCUGUGUGUCUUCUCUUUUGUAUCUAUUGUAUUUACAUAUCUGCCUCAUUUUUUGGCAUCAGUAUUUUUCUAGGAGGGGGGAUUCGACGCUUCCCAGGAUGGUGAUGAUGAUGGUGAUGGGUGUGUAUUGCUGUUUUUUCAUAACCUACGAACGUGAACGCGAAUUAGAUUUUGCGAACGACCCGCCACCGCCUGCCGUGCUAGUCGAAGAUACCCGAAUCGCCCUCCAGAUGCUUCGGCAUUCGCGGGGCAAAGCUUUUAACCUCAUCCCAUUGGUGUUGCGAGGUCAGAGAGUUCUAGCAGAAACUGGGAGGGAC